AUGCGUCAACACGCCAGGCCGCUGCCCUUGAACGCACCACCACGUUAAAAAGAAUGACGUGUUGAUUGAACGUCUCACACGGCAUCUCCCGGUGAUCGAUACAUGUGAUCGAUACAAGUGAUCGAUACAGGUGAUCGGUGACCAUCAUGGCCCAGGAAGUGACGCACGAGACGCUGACGGGCGGACUGACUCAGCUGGUGAACCGCGCCAGAGUUCUGCUGCAGGGCGCGAAGCGGGAGGCGGGAGCCUCGCUGGAGGAUUUCAUCCCACACAAGAUCACCACGUUAUUGGACCUGAUCCCCGCCGGGACGGACUUCUACAAGAGAAUCGGCGUGAAGAGGAAAAGUGAAGCAGAGGCCGUUUGGCAGAAGUCUUAUCACCACGCAGCAGUGCGAGAGCAGGUGGACGAGCUUCUGCAGCUGGAGGGUGAGUGGAACUGCUUCCUGGAGAGCGUGGACCGAGGUCUGCAGGCGACGACAGACGCCCGUCUCUCAGGAGCGACGACCUCGGACAGUCUGAGCCCCGACGCCUCGUUCACUGACGGACGCAGUGGAAAGAGCGUGACUCUGGGCGAGUUCCUGGGUCGGGGGCAGAAGCCGCUGCUGGUCCUCAUCAGACACUUCGGAUGACUGCCGUGACGGGACCACGUGGCCGAGCUGGAGGCCAGUCAGGCCGCCCUGGAGGCUCGGUCGCUGCGGGUCCUGGUGGUCGCGUUCGGCGGCGAGGAGGGAGCUCGGCUGUGGCUGGAGCAGACCGGAUGUGCCUUCGACAUGCUGCUGGAUCCACACAGGAAGAUCUACAGGCACUUCGGCCUGGGCUCGUCCUGCGCCCGGGUGAUGAGGUUCGGCGUCCUGCUGCAGUACUCGGAGUACAAGGCCGUGGACAGAGACUUCCCCGACGUGCCCCCUCGCCUGCUGGAAGACAUCUUCCAGAUGGGCGGUGACUUUCUGCUGAGCGAAGAAGGGACGGUGCUUCUGUCUCACAUCUGUAAGAACCCGAUGGACCGGCCGACUGUGGGCGACGUCCUGCAGGCCGCCGACGCCGCUUCAUCGGCGUCGCGCCCUUAAGCUGCGACGCAACGCCUCACUGACACCACAGAAGAAGAGCGGCACCUUUGACCCCGCCGUCCAAUGACGUCGCGCCUCGCACUCGUGACGCCACGAAGAGGCGCGACUGACGAAAAAAAAAAGGCCGAUCCUCUCUGUGGUGUCCGUGUGGUGACGGCAGCAUUUUUUGAAACGUGUAGUUCUACUUGAUCAAACAGUAAUUUAAAAUGACAUUUUUAUAAUGUACACAUUUCAUUUUUUUUACCUUUAAAAAAAAAGUAAGACUGUAUUUUUAAAGGUGGAUUAUGGAGAUGAGAUUUCAAAUUUUGAAAGGUACAAAUGACUGCAUUACCCAGAAAUCAUAGAUAAUAGGAAAUAAAUAUAUAUAUAUAUAUAUAUAUAGAACGUGAAGUACCAAAAACGUUUCGAUUGAAAAUCUACUCUGAUUAUUAUUCUUGUUGACUCAUUAUUUGAUCGGAUUGUAGCUGAUUUACAGGAAAAAUGUUGCAGAUUUUAUUCAGACAAUUAUCAUAUGGCUGCAUUUAUUUUUGCCGUCUUUUGAACUUCAGCUUCUUUACAAAAAUAAAUCAAAUAUUUAGUCGUUGGCACCAAAACCCAGAUGCUGUAUGAACCACGACACUGAACUUCACCGAUUAAGCAAAUCACUUUUUUUUUUAAUUUCCUUAUUUUUCGAAAAUGAAUGCUGUAAACCAUGUCAAUGUUUAGCAGAGAUUUAUUAUAAAAAACAUUUACAUUCAGA